AUGAAUAAAUUAGAAUAUAUAUAUGUUAAUGAACAUUUAAUAUCACCAUCACUAACUUGUCCAAUAUGUUUGGACAUACUUGAAGAUCCACAUACACAUAUAUUAUGUGAUAGUGCAUUUUGUCGUUCAUGCUUAUUAAAAUUACCCGAACCAGUUUGUCCAAUAUGUCGAUGGAAUUGGAAUGAUACAUUAUUUAUUGAAUAUAAUAGAUAUCUACCGAAAUCAAGUCGACUUAUUCGAAAUAUGCUUGAUGAAUUACAAGUUCAAUGCGUACAAUGUCAUACUAUUCGUCGUCGAGGACAAUUUGAACAUGAUUGUCAACCAAUUAUAAAUCCUUUACCAGAUAAUACUAAUCUAUGGAAAAAUAUUCAAUUAGUUUUAUCUGCUUUCGUAAUAUUUUUAUUUAUUUUAUUUAUUUAUUCAUAUCGAAAUUUUAUUUUUGAACCAGCUGUUGAUCGUCGUAAGGAUUUAAUUAGUGGAAUAGGUAUUAAUAUUGAUAAAUAUCUAUUUGAAAAAAUUUACUAUUUAAUAGUUACAAUUAUUGAAUAUUCUAUACCCGUUUUUAUAUUUAAUUUAUUUCUUUGGUUUAGUAUAUUAUUUUACGGUGAUCGUUUUACAACGAAAACAACAAAACAAGUAUUUAAAAAAAUUCUUGAAAUAUCAAUUAUUAUUAAUCUUAUUACAUAUUCAAUUUAUUAUUAG